UAUACGAGGUCGCGGUAGCCCCGUCGGACCGGUUUGGCCGGCGGGACUCCACCAGCUGCCGUUGCCGUGGGUGUAAUGGCUCCGCUGCUGCGCAUUUUCUGCGUCCACGGUUACCGGCAGAACGAGCGGUCGUUCCGGGAGCGGACCGGCUCCCUGCGGAAACUGCUGCGGAAACGGGCCGAGCUGUUCUACGUGUCCGCGCCGCUCAGGGUGCCGCCUCUAGGGGGCCCGGGUCGGCCGCUCGCUGCUGCCGGAGACGAGACUCCAGCAGCGGAGACCGAGGCAGAUGGUCUUGGUUGGUGGUUCUCGAACCCAGAGGAGGAGAGUUUUAAUGCUUUGGACCACGUGGAGUCCUGCAAAGGGCUGGAAGAAUCACUGGAGACCAUCGCCAAAGCCAUGACCGAGUUGGGCCCAUUCGAUGGUAUCAUGGGCUUUAGUCAAGGAGCAGCUCUUGUGUCCAUGAUCUGUGCCCUCAGGCAGCAGGGAGACCCCAGAUUCCAGUUUAAUUUUGCAAUCCUCAUCGCUGGCUUUCGGAGCAGGUGCAAACUGCACAACCAUUUCUACAGGGAGCCCAUUACUCUUCCUUCUCUCCAUGUGUUUGGUGAAACUGAUCGGGUCAUCCCUGGGGAGCUGAGCCAGGAGCUGUCCACCUCCUUUCUGAAUCCUACGCUUCUCACUCACCCAGGAGGACAUUUUGUCCCAACCUCUGCACCCCAGAAACAGGUUUACUUCGAAUUCCUGGAAAAGUUUCAGCAGAAAUAAGAGACCACAAAUGCUUGUACCAUUAAAACAUUUCUACUGGA